AUUCAAGGAGCGCGCGUAAGGUCAUGUAUGCUAAUAUCGGCAGUAUAGUAUUCUUACUUCUGACAUUACGUUUAUAUCACGAAGCUUAUAAAAUGUCUGAUGAUCCAGGUGUCUUCAAGGGGGGAGCAAAUAGUCAAAUUUCUUUAAAUCUGCUAAUUAGCGCUAGCACUCUAUAUUGUUAUAUUUCUUCAGCCCGUUCAUCUUUCUAGGUCUUGUCAAGGCAAGAGUGAAGUGCGCUUAAUCGAAAUUACAAAGUCGGCUUCUCGGCUUUCGCGUAAAUGUCUAACAAACGCCCCUCAUUGACUGCUUCAAAGGGACCCAGCUCAUUCAAAAAACCAAGGGGCAAUAACGAUGAACCUCCAGAACCUUCAAAGUUUGAACAAGAGCUUAUGUUAUUGGAUGAUCUUGAGACUGAAGAUAUAGCUUUGGUGGAUGAAAGUGCAGCUAUAUCCCAUUUAGAUUUUCUAACAAAUUCUCAUUGGCCAAGACCUAACUUAAAACCACUUGACCCAAAUAAAGACAGUAUAAUUUUUCUACAGUUUGAUGUCUCACACUAUAAAGAAAUUGAUGACUUUUAUUUUCAGGUAUUCUUGUUAUAUUACUGAAAAGAAUAACAGUAACAGUAAUACAAUUUUUGUUUCACGAUUUCUUGUUUAAUUUAGCGUUGUCUUUUCAUGUUGUCAGUCGUCUUUAAUAUGUUUUGUAUAGUCACAAAUGUGUACAUUGAUGCUUCCAGUAUUAUGUAAAUAAUUUAUCCUGCACGACACCCAUUCUGCAUUUGUGCAUAAGUCGUUUCAGUUGUUUCGUGUUUAUAAUAUUGUGCUGAUGGAAUGAGAUGUGUGCUUCAUUUGAUUGAUAACGACGCAAUAACUCACUGUUCGACAUUUAAUCGGAAAACCUAUUAUUCACAAUUAAUUUGAAUGUGGCAUGUUACACAUCAUUUAUCCUUUUACUGUCACAAUCAAUACUGCAUAUUGCCUUUUCACAUUUGCAUGAGUGUCUUGUAUAUCUGUUUGAAAACAAUAUUAAAGUGCAUUGAUUAGCAUAACAUUUAAAAAAUCCUACUUUGUGUAUUCCAUCUCAUGCGUCAUUCAUCUGUUGAGUGAUCAUGUUGAAUGCAUGGAGUAUAACUGAUCUAAGUGCUAUUUUAUUGCAAUCAGGUCAUAUCCCGGACCAGUGUUCUCUUUGAGUCAAUAUAUGAUGAAAUUGUUGUACUAAGAGUAAAGAUACUAAGUAUGGAAUGCUGUUUAACACAAAAUAUAUUAUUCAAGUGUUGGUUUGUAGGGAUUUGAUUGGUUUACAGGAUUUCAUUUUGAGCUGACGUAAGUUAGAGUUAAUGGUAUACGAGCUCGCCUUGUAACCAGUAAGUCCUGGGUUCGAACUGUGGCGGUGGCUGCGUGCAGUUGAAGAGUCCCAAACUAGGACGAAACAGCUAUCCAGUACUCCCAGGUGGUUUUCCAAUGGUCCUCUAACUAAUGUCAGCUCGUGAUGAAAUCCUGUAAACAAAAUAUAAUACUAUUAAGAAACUGUCGGUCUUGGAUAGCGUUACACUCAUUGUGUGAUUUAUAGUUAUCAUAAUGGAAGAUAUGUAUGAAUUCAUUAUUUAUUAUAGGGGAGUGUUAUAUAGAAAUAUGUCUAAUAAAGAUGUUUACAUCUUAUAAUUAUUUGUUACAUUUAAAAUUUAAGAAUUAUGAUAUUUACCCACCUUAUAUUCAAGACACUUUAGCUUUAUAUGCUUAUGGAAUUGUAUGGGUAGCUGUCUCUUCACGUUUACCCACACUGUGAAGGUUGAUUUCUCUUUAGGGUACCAUAAACAAGCACUGAGUAUUAUGUAACAGCAGAAUCCAGGCGACAACUGCGGGAUUCACAUCCUCUUUGAGUUGAUUUUCAGAGUUGUGUUCCUAUUGACGUCUUACCACCGGCUACAGGCAGUAGCGAAAGUGUGGUUGUACAAUUUUUAGGACUGACAUUUUUUAACCUCCACUCCCUUUCCAGAGCAAAGAGGGGGCAUAGUUGACUUAAUGGUUGUCUGAGGGAAAUAGUUUAUUGAUGUUACAUCCAUAUUUUCUAACAUUACGAUCUCUCUUUCAGAGACCUAACAUAAUGUAAGCGACUAACAACACUUCAGUAGCAAUUGCUUUUAGUGUAAUCUCUAUCCAAACGAAUUUUGUGGCGUGUUAGGACUUUCAGAAACAUUUAUUUCAACCAAUGUAGUUCGUUGGGUCGCUGUGAUGUGGGAACCUGACCAUAACGUGAUGGUCGGGGUUGCAGCUAUCGGUCGAGCGUCAAAUUAAGAACAUUUGCUAACUUAAAAUGCUUUUUCUCUCGUGAUUUCUGUCUGAAUUUAUUGUUAUAUUUAAAAUUAAUUUACCUACUUAACAGCACAAAAAAUUACAAUGUAGAAGUCUUAUGUGUGGUAUUCAUGCAUCGCCCAUUGAGUUUUUAUUUCAUUAUGUGUUACUCCAGUUGUCACGCAUAUAUGCAUAGUGUACACAGUUCUACACAGUAAUAAGGAAGAUUUAUAGCUCAGAUGGAUGACUUUCAUAUGGUUGUGGUCUCUGAGCCGGAUGGUUUAAUUGCGAAAUGUUUACUGCUUUUCUAGACAAAAUAUUCAGCGCAGUCUUCAUAUUGAAAAACUCUUUACAUAAGAUAAUACAGAUAAAAUGCAUGACAUAUAACUUCUAAAUUAGUAUUGAACUUGGCUCAGAAUAAAUACGGUGGUACUUACAUCAAUAUAGCGGGAAAAAAUAAAGCGAAGGCUUAUUACCAUGUCUUAUCAAGUUCUUCAUACACACGAAAGGUUGACUGCGCGUCAUUACGACUGCCAGUAGAUAAUUAAAUAAUAUUUAGUUUUUGUUUUGAUUCCUUUACGUUCCCAGUGAAACAUAGGGCUUCGAGCUAGAGCCUUAAAGUUUCAGUAGCAGUGGUGUUUGUUUUUACGGGAUGGAGUUGCUGGCCAGCCUCAUGCCCAACCUUCCCUCUUUACCAGUCUUAUUACUGGCUUAGCGAGGUAAAGGAGUACGUCGGUCGAGGAUCAAAACCCGUACCACAUGCUUGGUCCGCUGGCAUUCUACUUCUGUGCCACUGACGCACAGUAGUUAGAAAUAGACUUUUUUAUUUUCACUAGACCCUUGAUCUGAAUGAUAUCUUUUGAUUCCAUUUAAUAGAAAUCAGUUCUGUCCAAUUCAAAAUUCAUGGGCCCAUUAGAUUCCAGCCCAAGUGACUGAAUGGUUAACAAGCUUGGCCUCGUAACAUGAAGGUCGAGAGUUGGAUCCCCGGUAGGUGAGCUUAUGAGUUCGUACUAUUGGAGAUCCUCGAACUAGGACAAAACUAUCUAGUUGACAUUAAUCCAUGAUAAAACUUGAAACAAAUUCCACUAUGUUUUCUCCCCUUGCACUCUUUAAUCGCUUUCCACUAAAGUGUGAUUCUCACAGUAUCUAGUAUUGAAAAAACCAAUGAACUUGAAUCAUUACUUUCUCUUACCUUAUUUUUUUUGUUUAGGGUGAACGUUUGGCCGGUAUGCCUGGAGCUGCACAAAGUCCUGUACCAAUUAUACGUUUAUUUGGUGUCACUGAAAAUGGUCAUAGUGUUUGUGCACAUGUACACGGUUUUGUGCCAUACUUUUAUGUUCCAGCACCUAAAGACUUUUCAAUUAAUUAUUUAAAUGAUUUUCGUGAAGCAUUAAACUCUGCUUUAUUGAGAGAGAAUAAAACAAAGGAAUUUGAAGGAUUACAUCAUCUUGUGCUUAGGGUAACAUGCGAAGAAAAACAAAAUGUAUAUGGUUUUCAUGGUAAUCGUAGCCUACCAUUUCUACGUAUAACUAUGGCAUUACCACGUUUAAUUGCACCAGCUAAACGGAUAUUAGACAAUGGUUUAGCAUUUGCUAACUAUCCACUACAGUCAUAUCCAGCUUUUGAAGCAAAUAUUGACUUUGAAAUACGCUUUAUGACGGAUACCUUAAUGACUGGAUGUAGUUGGGUUGAAGCUCCCGCUUCUAAAUAUAAACUAAGAGAUUCUACACAAAAAACAGAAGAUUAUAUUAAAACGUCAAACAAAAAAUCAAACAAUACUACCUCUACUACUAAUAGUAGUAGUAGCAGUAGUAAUCACAAUGAAGAGAAUUCAUCAUCUACAAUAAUAAAGUCAUCAUUGUUAACUGGUCAAACAAGAUGUCAAAUUGAAUUUGAUAUUGCCUGGGAUGCUUUAGUUAUCCACUCACCUGAAGGUCAAUGGAGUAAUAUUGCACCGCUACGUGUAUUAAGCUUUGAUAUUGAAUGCGCAAGUCGUAAAGGUGUAUUCCCUGUACCAGAAAAAGACCCAGUUAUACAAAUAGCUAACAUGGUUACUAACUAUGGUGAAACAACACCAUUUAUACGUAAUGUAUUUACACUGAACACAUGUGCACCGAUUGUUGGUUCUCAGGUGAUAUGUCAUCAGACUGAACAGGAACUAUUAGCUAAUUGGGCAAUGUUUGUACGCGAAAUUGAUCCAGACAUUAUAACUGGUUAUAAUAUACAAAAUUUUGAUUUACCCUAUCUUAUUAAUCGAGCUAACGCUUUAAAAGUUGAUAGUUUUGCAUUUCUUGGUCGUAUACGUGGUGCACGUUCUACUGUACGUGAAGCAAUGGUACAGUCGAAACAAAUGGGUCGUAGAGAGAAUAAAUUUGUAAAUAUUGAUGGACGUGUACAAUUAGAUUUAUUACAGAUUUUAUUCCGUGAUUAUAAACUACGCAGUUAUACACUGAAUGCUGUUAGUUAUCAUUUUCUUGAAGAACAAAAAGAAGAUGUUCAUCAUAAUGUGAUAACAGAUUUACAAAAUGGUGAUUCACAGACACGAAGACGUUUAGCUGUUUACUGUCUGAAAGAUGCCUAUUUACCAUUACGUUUAUUAGAUAAACUAAUGUGUAUUGUAAAUAAUAUUGAAAUGGCACGUGUUACAGGUGUACCGUUAACCUAUCUACUAACUAGAGGUCAACAAGUAAAGGUUGUAUCUCAAUUAUUACGUAAAGCUCAUGAACAUGGUUAUUUAUUGCCUACAUAUCAAUCACAACAAGGUGAUGAAUUUGUUGGUGCAACAGUUUUAGAACCACGUAAAGGUUAUUAUAAUGAACCGAUAGCUACAUUGGAUUUUGCUAGCCUAUAUCCAAGUAUUAUGAUGGCGUAUAAUUUGUGCUAUACAACUUUGUUACAAGUAAAUACAACGCCUCAUGGUUCAACAGGCGGUGGUAUUCAAGCACUAGUACAACGAUAUAAUUUAACUGAUGAAGAUUAUAUUAGAACACCGACUGGGGCGUAUUUUGUUAAAUCACAUGUGCGUCAAGGUAUUCUACCGGAGAUCUUACAACAGUUAUUAAGUGCUAGAAAAAAAGCCAAAGCAGAACUUGCCAAAGAGACUGAUCCACUGCGUAAACGUGUUUUAGACGGUCGUCAGCUGGCAUUAAAGAUUAGUGCUAAUUCUGUAUAUGGUUUCACUGGUGCACAAGUUGGCAAAUUGCCGUGUUUAGAAAUAUCCGCUUCAGUGACAUCAUUUGGUCGCCUUAUGAUUGAACAGACUAAAACGCAUGUUGAACAGAAAUUUUCAAUAGCCAACGGAUAUGCACACAAUGCUGUGGUUAUUUAUGGUGAUACAGAUUCUGUUAUGUGUAAAUUUGGUGUAUCAACAGUUGCUGAUGCUAUGGAACUUGGUCGUAAAGCUGCUGAAGUUAUCUCUGAAGAAUUUCCGAAUCCUAUUCGAUUAGAAUUUGAAAAGGUAUAUUUCCCGUAUUUACUCAUCAAUAAGAAACGUUAUGCUGGCUUAUAUUUCACUAAACCAGAUCGUCAUGAUAAAAUGGAUUGUAAAGGCAUUGAAACUGUACGACGUGAUAAUAGUCCAUUGGUAGCUAAUCUGAUAAAUGCAUGCUUGGAAAAGAUACUAAUUGAUCGUGAUCCGAAUGCAGCAAUUACCUAUGCUCAAUCAAUUAUAUCCGAUUUAUUAUGCAAUCGUAUCGAUAUCUCACAGCUAGUGAUUAGUAAAGAAUUAACAAAGACGGAUGAAGAAUACUCCGGUAAACAAGCUCAUGUAGAAUUAGCCACAAAAAUGCGUAAACGUGAUGCUGGUUCAGCACCGAAUCUCGGUGAUCGUGUCCCAUAUGUGAUAACAGCUGUCGGUGGGAAAAAUACAGCAGCCUAUGCAAAAGCUGAAGAUCCACUCUAUGUAUUAGAGCAUAAUAUCCCGAUUGAUACAAAAUACUAUUUAGAGAAUCAAUUAGCUAAUCCAUUACUACGUAUAUUUGAGCCUAUAUUAGGUGAAACUAAAGCCAAGUCUGUAUUGUUAAACGGUGAACAUACACGCGUUAAAGCUGUUGUACAUUCCACUGUUGGACAGUUAUCAGCUUUUACAAAAGUACGUGCAACGUGUAUUGGCUGUCGAACACCAUUGCCAACUGACAAAGCAGACUCUGCUUUAUGUAAAUUCUGUGAACCACGUGCAUCAGAAAUAUAUCAAAAAGAAAUUGUCCAAUUGAAUACAUUAGAACAGAAAUUUGCUUCAUUAUGGACUGAAUGUCAACGAUGUCAACAAAGUAUACAUGAAGAAGUUAUAUGCACGAGUCGUGAUUGUCCCAUCUUCUAUAUGCGUAUGAAAUCACGUAAAGAUGUAGAAGAAGCUUACAAAGUGAUUCAACGUUUUGGUAGUCCUAAUUGGUAAUCAAUCAUCUUGUAAAAUAAAACACGAACUCCUCCUUUCUGUUUUUGUUGCCUUUCUUUACUCAUCCAAUUUUCUUGGUGUAUUAUCCUUGUUUAUUUUAUUUUCAACUCAGGUUUUCACCUUUUUUCUCUACCAGAGCUAUAUACAUUUUUUCUCAAAAACAAGAGCUAUUACUGGGCCUUUUUUGUACCAUAAAGAGAAUUUUUGCAUUUUGGAUUUCAUGUUCAAUUGUACUCUAUUUUUGUUGUUGAUAACCACUCAUUUCUAUUAUUUAAAAAAAACAAUAAAACAAAGAUGUUUGGUAU